AUGGGGGCGGGACAAGCAAGGAAGCUAGUGAAAGAUGGGAAACUGAAAAUGCUGGUGCGUUACUUCGCUUACAAGCCGGUGUGCCGGCCCGGGCUGCAGCGCGUGUACGCCGUGGCGCGGCACGAGGUGGCGCGCGUGCAGUGCCGCGUGGACGCCUUCCCGCUGCCCGACGCCUUCCGCUGGUCCUUCAACAACUCGGCGGAGAGCGUCGAGGUGCCGCCGCACCGCUUCAACUCGUCCGCCACCGCCUCCGUGCUGGCCUACACGCCCGUCGCCGAGAUGGACUACGGCACCGUGCUCUGCUGGGCCGACAACACGGCGGGCCGCCAGCCGCACCCCUGCGUCUUCCACGUCAUACCUGCUGGCAUCCCGGAACCGCCGUUCAACUGCUCGGUGGCGAACCAGACGUCCGAGACGGUGCACGUGCGCUGCCUGGAAGGCUUCGACGGCGGGCAGCCGCAGCUAUUCGUGCUGGAGGUGGCGGACGCGGCGGGCGGCCUCGUGCUGGCCAACCUGUCGUCGCGCGCGCCGCUCUUCACGGUGGACGGGCUGGCGCCGGGCCAGGCGCUGCGCCUCUCCGUGUACGCCGCCAACUCCAAGGGCCGCAGCGACGCCGUCCACUUCGAGGGCGCUACGCUCAAGGCGGCCGAGAAGCAGACAGGCCCGCCCGACCAGCUGGAGAUGUCGCCGCUGUUGGGGGUGCUGCUCGGCUUGGUGCGGCGCAUUCUGCGGCCCGGCGACCUCGCCUUCAAAGAGAAGGCCGCUGCGCUGUUCGCGCCCGCGCGCCACGACCGGCACGACAAGGACGAGAUCAACCCGGACGUCAUACCCUCCAACUCCGUGGCAGAGACGGCGCAGGACUCGUGCGCUCAGACGCCUGCAGCGGACGCCGAGACGGAGGAGGCGGGGCUGUUGCCCGCAACGCCGGGUCAACCGCCGCCCCCUGGUGGCCCCGUCGCUGACGCCGCCCUCGUUGCAGAGCAGCGGAUGCAACUUACUUCCAACGGACAGCCGCCUCCCACGAGAAGGGACGUUUGGGACUGUCAGGGACCCGGUGUAGACAGCCCCACAGAGCCUGCGCUGCCGGUUGCGGCCUUUGCGCCCGAGCGUCCUUCAGCGCUGCCCAGCAGACUGCCGCCCCUGGUGGGCUCCGCCACGCUGCCGCGGCGCACCCCCGCCGCCGCCCCCGCGCCGACGCCCCCGCUGUCACCGCCGGCCCCCGCCCCUGCGCUGCCACCUCGCCAGGUGCCGGCACCGCCCUCCGUUGCGUCGGUGCUGGCGUCGCCAGUCACGCCCACCGGCUGCGGUCACCCACUCCGGGAGAUCGUCACCGUGCGUACGCCGCUCAUGGCCGCCGCCCACCAGGAGAGCUGCGUCUAG